AGAUGAUUGUUGCUGUUGCAUAAAUUGUUGCUAGAAAGAAUAAUUCUAAUCCAUGUUGUCGAGGAUUAUUAUACCUUUUUUAAAAAAAAGUUAAGCAAGCAGGUCGUACAAGAAAUCAAUAAAUAAUGCUACCAAGAUCCAUAAGACGAUUGUGCCCAAUCUGUUUCCAAGGGAACAUCUGCAGCUAUGGCAAUGAUCCAACUCUCAAUCUUUAACAGUAAAGGUUCAAUAGUAUUUGUCAACAAUUGGCUCAUAAAGAAAACUAGUUUAUUAUAAAGAAAGAAAAAGAAAAAAAAAGAAGGGAGGGGGCAAAAUUUUUUUCUUUUUCUUUCUUUAAAUUAUCAAUGCCUGAUUCUCGAGAAUACGAUCGUUCUAAAAAGAGACAACAUAGCCCACAUUCAAGGAGAUCUCGUAGUCCAGAAAGAAGAAGGUCACGCAGUCCUCAGUCAAGAAGACACAGUGGAGAUAGGUCACCUAGUCCUCAUAGACGAUCACCCAGUAGACAUCACAGGGGUGAAAGUGACCAGGAUAACAAACGAUAUGAAGAACGUAGGAGAAGAAAGGACGACCGUCGUUCAUUUGAGGACAAGAGAUAUUUUGAAAGAAAGCAAUCAGAUGAAAAACCAGCAGGUCCUAACAUCAACGUCGUCUUGAGAGGUUUACCUGAUAAUGCCACAGAAGAGGAUAUUGCCAAGAGACUUGGUGAAAUGAACGCUUGCAUUGAAGAAGUGUCGCUCAUCAAGUCUCGUGAAACAGGCGAAUCAAGAAAGUUUGCAUUUGUUCGAUUCACCAGUGUGGGGCAUGCCAUGCAGUUUGUAGAAAAGCACCGAACCUUCCAUAUGAAGGAUUUCCGUGUUCGUGUGGACUACUCUCAUAAGAACAACGGGUCAUUAGAAAAGGAAGAAUGGCGUUGUGCAACUUGUGGAAAGUUUAAUGAUGUCCAUCGCCGAGUGUGCGUCGAAUGCAAGCAAUCAAAUAUUCGGGCAGCAACCGAGACACGGACUUAUAGUACGGAUACACUAGAAAUUAACGAUGGAACAAAGGACGUAUCACUUGUGCCCAGUCAUCUCAUCUUACUGAGAGGACUGGAUCAUCUUACUACAGAAGAAUCCAUCUUCAAGGCUAUAUCAUCAUUUCAAGGGCUCUAUCGCACAUUGCUUAUUAGAGACAAGUUGACAAAGCUAUCAUGCUCCUUUGCAUUUAUCGAAUUUACUGAUAUCAAAUCUGCAAUGAUUGCAAUGGAUAACAUUGGAUAUUAUGGUCUAGUGAUCGAUGGGCGGUACGUGCAAGCAACAUUUGGAAAUUCGGAUAGUUUUAUACCCGUAUACGGACAAAGCGAGUACGCCAUUCCUGUCAAUUCAAUCGAAGGUUUCAAAGCUUACUGGGAGAAAUCAUCCUAUGCUUCACAGUAUUCACCUGCAAUUGAAGCUGAAAAGAAAAGACGAGAAGAGGAGCUUAGACGAGCCAAGGAAGAGGAACGAAAGAGACAGGAACAGUACAAAGCUAGUUUACAGAAUGAUUUGACAGCCUUCUUUAAUGAUAUGAGUGAUUUCGCUACCAACUCUGAAAAUGCAGAUAUUUUUUCUGUACCAAAAAACGAAAUAGAAAAAAAGAGAAAAUAAAAGUUGAUUUUUGACAAAUAGUUUAUUUGAAUUGUUUACAAAAUGUUAUAUAUAAAAUGUAAAAUGAAACU